AUGCGUAUCUAUCUAUCUAUCUAUCUAUCUAUCUAUCUAUCUAUAAUUUUGUCAUUGUCUAUUUUUUUAUUAUCUAUCUAUCUAUAUAAUUGGGUAUUCCGUUUGGCUUUUCUUUCUUUUUCCCUUCCUUGUUUGUCAUUUUCCUUGUCUAUGAGAUUGUUCUUUCUUUCUUUCUUUCUUUCUUUCUUUCUUUCUUUCUCUUUCUCUCUCUCUCUCUCACACAGACACACAUACUCUCUCUCUCUCUCUCUCUCUCAGUUUUGUUUGUCACUCUUAUACUUUUCCGUUCUCUUUUCUUUUCUUUAUCCACCUCUCUUUUUCGCUCCUUUUUCUUUUUCUCCCUCUCUUUCUCUUUACGAUUUUUUCUUUUGUGUUGCUAUUCUAUUCCUGUUCUUCGUUUUCUCGUGCGCUUUUUUCUCUCUUACCCUCUCAGUUUCAUUGUCUCUGUUUCUUUUUUGUCUCUCUUUUACUCCCUUUUUCUCUUAUUGUUAUUAUGUCUUUCUUCCUUUUCUAACUUCUGAUUAUACUUGUCUUUCUUUGUUUUUAUUCUUUCCCUUACCUUCUAUCUUUCCUACUCUCUCUUUUCUGGCUAUUUCUUACUUUCCCUUUCUCUCUCUCUAUUUCUCCUUCUCUCUUUUUAUCUUUCUAUCUUUCUUCCAAUCUCCCUCUUUUCUUCCUCUAUAUUCUUCUUUGUUUCCCUUUUCGCCUUUCCCUGACUUUGUCUUACUUUUCUCUUCAUCCAAUUUCCACUUCUUCACCUUCCCUCUCAUUCUCUCUCUCUCUUUCUCUCUUCUAUUGACCGAUCUCCCAUUCUCUUUCUUACUCUUUCUAUUGACCGAUCUCCCAUCCUCUUUCUUACUCUUUCUAUUUAUUGAUCACCCAUUCUCUUUCUUACUCUUUCUAUUUACCGAUCACCCAUUCCCUUUUUGGUCUUUCUAUUUACUGAUCUCCCAUUCUCUUUCUUACUCUUUCUAUUUACCGAUCACCCAUUCUCUUUCUUGCUCUUUCUAUUUACUGAUCUCCCAUUCUCUUUCUUACUCUUUCUAUUUACUGAUCUCCCAUUCUCUUUCUUACUCUUUCUAUUUACUGAUCUCCCAUUCUCCUUCUUACUCUUUCUAUUGA